CUUUCUUUCUUUUUUUCCUUGUACAUUUUUCCUUGUUGAUUUUAUUUACGCUAUUUUUUAUUUUUUAUUUGCUACGGCAAAGAGCCCCUUUUUGAAAGCGUAUACAUUUUCUUUUUUACACAGCAGGCAAGAGAGCGGGCACAUACACAUCCAUAUACACAAAGAGGAGGGACUAAGCAUGGGCAAGGUGUCAAAAAAGUCAUCCAACGCUAGCCUGCCGGCGGGCACGUCGUCCAGCCCGGUAGACAAGAGCCCGAGCAAAUUGCGCAACCGCAACAAGUCAAACAAUAACAACAACAGCGGCGAUAAAAAUAAACAGGAGGGGUUUGACAGCGGCAGCAGCAUCGUUCCGGCCGAGGACAGCAAGAAGAAGUGGCGGAAUUGGAGACAGCGCACGACGUUCACGUUCGUCAUGAUCGCGGGAUUUGCCACGGUGAUUGCGCUGGGACCGUUGUCAAUUAUGCUUAUGGUGCUGUGCCUGCAGGUGCUCAUAUAUCGCGAGGUCAUCUCUCUGUCGUCAGUGCCCAAGAAGGAGCGGGAUCUGCCGUGGUCGCGGGCGAUGAACGUGUACUUUUUGAUCUGCCUCGAGUACUACCUGUACGGUCAUAACGCCCACCGGGCGCUCAAGCGGCAUCCUUGGCUCGAGGCGCACCUGCAGUUCGUGUUUGCGCACCACACGUUUAUCUCGUUCAGCGUGUAUCUCAUUGGGUUUGUGUGGUUUGUCAGCACGCUGCGGAAGGGCUCGUACCGGUUCCAGAUGGGGCAGUUUGCGUGGACGCAUAUGGCGCUCGGGCUUGUUGUCGUGCAAAGCCAGUACAUGAUCGAGAACAUUUUUGAGGGCAUCUUUUGGUUCUUCCUGCCAAUCGCUCUGGUCAUUGUCAAUGACAUUUUCGCCUAUGUGUUUGGGUUCUUCUUUGGGCGGCACAAGCUGAUUGAGCUCAGCCCGAAGAAGACCUGGGAGGGGUACAUUGGCGGCGGACUGACUACGAUGGCGUUUGGGUUUCUGCUGACAGCUAUGCUCAGCGACUGGAAGUUCAUGGUGUGCCCGCCACCCAACCUGCACAUGACGGCGUUCUCCGACGUGCAGUGCGAUGUUAACCCAGUGUUUGUACCACGCGAGUACCAGGUCCCGGGCAUGCUGACGGCGAUCAUCUCCACUGUGUUCAAGCGGCACAUCGCAACGGUGAUGAUCCGGCCGGUGCAGUUCCACUCGCUGGCGAUUUCUGCGUUUGCGUCGCUGAUAGCGCCGUUCGGCGGGUUCUUUGCGAGUGGAGUCAAGCGGGCGUUCAAUAUUAAGGACUUUGGAAACUCGAUUCCCGGGCAUGGCGGAGUAACAGAUCGGUUUGAUUGCCAGUUCUUCAUGGCGGCGUUCUCGCACACUUAUUACACAAGCUUCAUCAAGGUGUCGACGGUGACGGUCAGCGGGCUGUUUAGCUCGUUUUUGGCAAUGAAUUCGGAUAGGCAGGUGGAGCUGUACCAGAGCAUCCAGGAGUUCUUGCAGGCCACCGGAUCCAUUUCGACUGAGGGCACAGAGUCUGUUGUGUCGGCAGCGGCUGUGGUUGGAGGGUGAAAAUGAAUGAAAUGAUUUUUGUUUACAAAUAAAUCGUGUUUUGCCUCUUUUAUUAUUUUCGUUAAUAAAAUAUUCUUUUUCUUUUC